AUGUCUUCUUCUUCUUCUUCUUCUACGGUAUUAUUAAUCAAUGAUAUUCGGAGUAAACUUAUCAUUCUAAUUUGUAUUUUAUACAUUAUCUUUGGUACAAUUGGAAACAUCUUGAAUAUAAUUCUAUUUCGAAAACGUACUCUUUGGACACUUACUCCUUGUAUUCCUUAUUUAUUCAUCGCUUCUUUUGUAAAUCUCUUCCUUAUUUAUGGAUUUGUUCCAUUUCGAUUGCUUAGUGGUUUUCAAAUCAAUCCCGCUAAUGCUAUUUCAAUUCUCUGUAAAUUCCAACUCUUUACUUAUUAUGUCACAACUGGUCUUUCAACUUGGUUUAUGGUUGCUUGUUGUGCUGAUCGAUUCUUUUCAUCAUCACAUAAUGCAUUGAUGCGACGUUACAGUAAUAUGCGUAUGACAAUUAGAAUCUCAUCAAUGAUUACAUUUCUUAUUUUCAUUGUCUAUUUACAAAUCUUAUAUUGUUAUGACACAAAUCAAUUUGCUGCUAUUUCAGCAUGUAAUGUUCAAGCUGGUAUUUGUAGCGUCGUUGACGUAAUUUGGACGCUUUGUUUUCAAACUAUUGGUCCACCAAUAUUGAUGUUGAUCUUUGGUAUUGGCACUUUUAUUCAUAUUAAACAAAAACAAAGAGUUCAACCAUUAACAGCGAAUACAACGGAAAUGCAGAGAGAUAAUAAUAGACAUAUUUUACCUAUGCUAUUUAUACAAGUUAGUAUGUAUUUAUUAUGUAUAACACCUCUUCUUGCUACAAAGAUUUAUCAAAAUAUGACUUUAUCAAUUAUUAAAAGUGAUGUACAGCGAUCUGUCGAUAGUCUUAUCUUUGUUUUAUCGAUUUUGUCGAGUCUUGUUGACAAAAUGUUCUCAUUUUAUAUUUAUACAUUAUUUAGCAAAUUUUAUCGAAAAGAACUGAUUAAAUUAAUCCGAAAUAUGCUUCGUCAUCACACAUAA